UAAUGUCGGUCUGUGAAAAAUCGGUUAGUGAGGCGGCAGGGAACGUCAACACCAUGGCUGUGAGUACCGUGUCCGACCGCCUGGCUCAGGAGCAACAGAAGAACCUGGAGGGGUAUGUGGGCUUCGCUAACCUUCCCAACCAAGUGUACAGGAAGUCGGUCAAGAGGGGCUUCGAGUUCACCCUGAUGGUUGUAGGAGAAUCCGGGUUGGGGAAGUCAACGCUGAUCAACUCCCUGUUCCUGACUGACCUCUACUCUCCAGAAUACCCUGGUCCUUCCCACAGAAUUAAGAAGACUGUACAGGUGGAGCAGUCCAAGGUGUUGGUAAAGGAGGGGGGAGUGCAGCUCCUCCUCACCAUAGUGGACACCCCCGGCUUUGGAGAUGCUGUGGACAACAGUAACUGCUGGCAGCCGGUCAUCGAUCACAUUGACAGUAAGUUUGAGGACUACCUGAACGCAGAGUCCCGCGUCAACAGGAGGCAGAUGCCCGACAACAGAGUGCACUGCUGCCUGUACUUCAUCGCCCCCUCUGGCCACGGGCUGAAGCCACUGGACAUCGAGUUCAUGAAACGGUUACAUGAGAAGGUGAACAUCAUCCCUCUCAUCGCCAAAGCCGACACGCUCACCCCCGAGGAGUGCCAGCAGUUCAAGAAGCAGAUCAUGAGAGAAAUCCAGGAGCACAAGAUUAAAAUCUACGAGUUCCCACAGACGGACGAUGAGGAGGAGAACAAGCUGGUCAAGAAGAUCAAGGACCGCUUACCCCUGGCUGUUGUCGGUAGCAACACCAUCAUCGAGGUCAACGGGAAACGGGUUCGAGGAAGGCAGUACCCCUGGGGCGUGGCGGAAGUGGAGAAUGCAGAGCACUGCGACUUCACCAUCCUGCGUGACAUGCUGAUCAGGACCCACAUGCAGGACCUGAAGGACGUGACCAACAACGUCCACUACGAGAACUACCGCAGCAGGAAGCUGGCGGCCGUCACCUACAACGGCGUGGACAACAACAAGAGCAAGGGUCAGCUGACCAAAUUUGACACAGUUGAAGGCAUGAGUCCGCUGGCACAGAUGGAGGAGGAGAGGAGGGAGCAUGUUGCUAAGAUGAAGAAGAUGGAGGCGGAGAUGGAGCAGGUGUUUGAGAUGAAGGUCAAAGAGAAAAUCCAGAAGCUGAAAGACUCUGAGGCCGAGCUGCAGCGGCGUCAUGAGCAGAUGAAGAAGAACCUGGAGGCGCAGCACAAGGAGGUGGAGGAGAAGCGGAGACAGUUUGAGGAGGAGAGGGGCAACUGGGAGGCACAGCAGCGGGUGCUGGAGCAGCAGAAACUCGAUGCCUCCAGGACCUUGGAAAAGAACAAGAAAAAGAAGAUCUUUUCAUAAAUUACAAGAGGACCACCAUAUUAUGAUGUACUAGUUGCCAAUUUGCAAGCCUGGAUGUCAGUCUGUCUUUCGACCAAUAGAAUACCCUGUUUGCCUCAGUACCGCCUGCAUGUGGGAGGACCUUGAGCAGCGCAGUCGAUGGCCUGAGGAUGUGAUUGGUGGGGAGGAGUGGGUGGGGUUUAUCCUCAGGAAAAUGUCCGUCACAGACGGUCUGUACCCAGAAGCGCUGCACUCUGUCCUCUCUCUCUCUUCUUCUUCUUUAGCCCUGUGUCUCCUCUCAAGGACUGAGAUCCACUGAUUAUGCAGAAAAAAGGUCUCCCUCUUGUACAAUCACAUUUUGGUGGUCAGUUCAUUCUCACACACAUAAACAUGCACACGCACGCACACACACGCAGACACACGCACGCACACACACACACACACACACACACACACGCACACACACAUACAAAAGCAAACAUACAACCUGCUCUUCCAUCAGGUCAAAAAAGGUUUCUCCGUAACAAUAAGCCAUCAUGUGUGCCCAUCCUAUGCUGGGUGCUGUCAGAUAUCGCAUGAGACCAACAUGAGACAGACGUGAGAUCGAAGUGAGACGUCUCGCUGAGCAGGAUUCUGAGAGGCUCGGGCUCAGAAAGCUCCAGGGCAGAGAUUUCGCCAGUCAAAACUUACUGAUUCAGAUGCACCUCAGACAGGUUUUUUUUUUUUUAAAAAAGUAAUAUUUGUUUAUCGCUUAAUUUCCCCUUCUUCCAUUUCUUGUAAUUUAAAUUAUCUAGCCAUGGACUGGCAUGUAUAACUUUUCUCCAUGUAACAUUUUGUUUAGGUUAUAAUUAUUAUUAUUUUUGUUUUGUUUUUGUUUUUCAUAUAUUGGCCAUGCUAAUCUUUUGUAUGUUAGGUAGCUGUGCAGAGGAAUGUGUUUGCUGGCCGGGGCAGGUCCUGGUGCUCUGUCCCUCGCAGCGAGUCGGCAGCCAGCAGCUGUUUCUCCGCCGCUCUGCUGCGGCUCGGGGGAAGGAGCUCCAGCCGGCCGCCCCCCCCCACCACAUCUAGCUUCAUUCAUGUACUG